UAAAACACAACAAAUCAUAAAGAGGAGCGGGAGGGGGGGCAGAGGAAGGAGGACGGGAGGAAGAACCGCGAGCCGUUAGCUUCUGUCUCUCCUCCUCCUCCUUCGUCUUCAUCGUAAACGGUGUUGUUGUGUUUGUGCCCUCCCGUCCUCCCCUCUCUCCUCUUUUCCUCUUCUCCUCUCCUCCUUCUCCUCUUCUUCUCCUCCUUCUCCUCCUCUCCCACUCCUCACCAUGAGUUCAUACUUUGUGAACUCCUCUUUCCCGGUGCUCCCGGGGGCCGGCGGCGGCGCCCAGGCCGGGGGGGCGGCGGAGCCGUUCCUGGGUCAGAUCUCCCUGUAUCCGUCCGGGUACAGCGAGCACCCGCUCCGCCACUACCCGGGGGCAGCGGCCGCCGUGGCGUACGGCGCCGGCGGGGGCCCCGUGCACCAGGACAGAGCCCACCCGCCCUCCAGCUUCUACCAGCAGGCGGCGGCGGCGGCGGCGGCGGGGGUGGGAGCGGGGGGCGUCGGAGCCGCCGCCGCCUGCGAGUACGCGGCGGCGGCCGCGGCGGCGGCCGCCUCCUUCUACCGGGACAAGGAGCACGCGUGCGGCAUGGACGAGCACCAGCUCGCGCUCGGCCAGGACGGCGUCCACCGGAAGAUGGAAUGCGCCGGCAUCGCCGGGAAGGGAGUUUUCGGGGAGAUGGACGACAAAGCGUCGUCGGCACCGAUCUACCCGUGGAUGCAGAGGAUGAACGCGUGCAACGGGACGUUCGGCAGCCCCGGGCGGCGCGGGCGGCAGACCUACACCCGCUACCAGACCCUGGAGCUGGAGAAGGAGUUCCACUUCAACCGCUACCUGACGCGGCGGCGGCGCAUCGAGAUCGCGCACGCGCUCUGCCUCACGGAGCGGCAGAUCAAGAUCUGGUUCCAGAACCGGAGGAUGAAGUGGAAGAAGGAGAACAAGCUCAUCAACUCUUCCUCCUCUACCUCCUCCUCCUCCACAGCGAACGGUACAGAUGAAGAGGAGAAAAGGACCGAGUGAACCGGAGAAAGAAGGGAACUAUAAACUGAGGUAACACAGGGAAGAGGAAGAGGAGGCUUCCCCUCCUGGACAGUCCGGAGGUUUGUCUGGUGAACUUCUGGACAGUGAAGCGUGCAGCUUCCAACAUGGUCUCUUCGGCGGGGCACAAAUGAAACAUCGAUGGAUUAGAUUUUCUUUUACUGAACAUUCUCAUAUUUUGACUUAUUUUUUUUCCAGUCCAUUCUUCAGGAAAACUCGUCAUCAUUUUUGUUGCUUGAAUAAAUAAUAAGCCGCGUGCAACCUGGACGUUGUGGACGUUUUUAAACGCAUGCGUAAAAAAAUGCUCCUACAUUGAGCUGCGUAAGGACAUUCCUUUUUUUGUUGAUGUUUAACACAAAUACCACCAGUUUGCCCAAAGCAGAAGCUGACAUUACACUUUCAAAACUUAACCAGCGUUUUUAAACGCUCCGUUCAGCACCAGGGAGCCGUGCUCAUACUUUAGAUCUCACUGAGAGAUUUUGCGCGUUUGUGGAACCAAACAAACAUUUAAAUGUACCACAAAGUGAGAUACUGAAUUCAAGAAUAACAAUAUUGUCCUGCAGGAAUCCAACUCAAGUCCUUCCCAGUAAAACAUAAAAGAUAAGCAGGUAGUUUAGGCAUGUUUCCCGUCGUAUGUCUGUGCGCACUCGUGAAAUUAGGUAAAACCAUCUUUUUGUAACAACCCGGAAGGUUCAAAUUUACAGAUCUAUUUGUUUGCAAACUCUUACAUUUUCUGGAAAGUCUGUCCUUGCCGAGUGGGCUGAUGUCGCUCUGUGUGGUCUGUUGUGGAAAUAACAGUGUAAAGACAGCAGAGGAAGAUUCGUGUUGGCUCAUCGCUGCGAACCGCGCUGCUAAAAAAAAAAAAAAAAAAAAUCAAAAAAUGGAGGGAACGCCUUCAUAGUACAACAACGGUUCAGUUAAACUUCGACGAUUUUCGUGAGACUUGCAGGAUUUCUGUUUGAAUCAGAGUCGUAGUUUCCACUGGCGGUUGAUUUGGCCUUCCGCCUCCGAAACGUUAUUUUCUUUAAACAAAUUGGGAAAAGUGCAUCCUUAAAUAUCUUCAAUCAUUUCUGGUGUAUGAUUAAAGUGUUCGUUUUUCAUUUUUAUUUUUGACUUGUACAUUUAAAAAAAAAAACAAUUUCUUGGCAUUCCAGUUGAAAAUCACACAAACGUCAUCUUCUUGAUAUAAACAGUAGUUUAUUUUUGUAUUCUUUUAUCAGAAUCUAGUUUUAAGGCACUUGUUUUGUUGUUCUGAAGCUGUGGGGAAGGGAGGGGCUCUCCCCUAGUCCCCCCAUUUUUGAUUUUAUUUUAUUUUAUUAAUUGUGUUGUGUGUGUGUGUGUAGACAUUUAUACCUUGAGUUGUAUUGGCAGACGCUCUCUGCACGCGCACAGAUCAUCGUGAGGACGGGCCGGUGUGUAUCUGUGUCAUGUGGUGUUCUUACUGUAGCUAAAAAAAUGAAAUAAGGAAGAAAAGCCACCUUGUCGGGUGGAAGACCACCAGAGGGGGGUCUGCGGAGUCAUUUAGCCUUUCAGCUGUUUUACUACAAUAGGCUGUAGAGGGGGGCGUGGGGGUGUUAACCUACUGAUGUUAUUCUCCAAACUACCUAGAAUCGUUCGGAACGUGUUUAUUUUAUGAAGUUUUAAAUUUGAUGUCUAUGUCAGUGUUUUUGUCCAGGAAUAUACUACCUAUGAGAAAUGUCCAAUAAACGUUGAAAAGUGUC